AUGGGUUGCGGAACAUCAAAACAAAUCACAGUUGUCGAGAACAGAAAAACUCGUGUAAAUCAAGAAUGUGGCGGGGCCAGCAAGAUCAAAAAGCAUUUUCGCAUGGAAGAUACCUUCUGGGAAAAGAAGAAAAUACUCAUCCCUGACUAUGAGAGAAUGAAGUUCUUGGACCAACACGCUCUCGAUACGCCAAAAGAACUCAGUAAGAACGCAGACCAGUUGGUUAAACAUCUUUUAAAAGUCACUAAAAAUACUAUAGAAAAGUAUCGAGUAAUAUUCAGAUGGGAAGCCGAACACGUAGACUUUAACGACGGUAAUGAAAUUGACACUACAGUGAGUUCUAUUUUGGAAACUGAUAAAUCUUCGCUUGGCGGUUAUGCCACUCUUUACAAGUAUCUGUGCGAGUUAGCUGGCUUGGAAUGUGAAAUAAUUCAGUGUCCUGCAAAAUAUGGAAAUUAUUUACCUGGUGACGACAUUUCUCUGGAAAAUGCUACUCCAAAUUCGAAUAAGAUUCAAAUUAAGAAACAAUGGUACCUAUGUGAUUGGACCUGGAUAACCAAGGCGUGUGAUAAUAGCGAACAUUCAGAUGACGUCAAAAAGUUAUGGAACGAAUCCAGCUUCAUCUGUGAUCCGCAACACUUUAUUUGCAGCCAUUUUUAUGAUCAGGAAAACGAAGACAGAGCAGUGUCUCAAUCGGAAAUACAAGAAUUUGAGAAAUGGAAGGAUGAUGCUCAAAAAACUUUUGGAUAUUUCACAUACGGAAUAAAUACAGUCAGUCACCACGAAGGUGUAAUACAAACACCGAACAACAAGGUACUGCUACGCAUUCGAGCAACCUAUGACUUGGAUUAUGGAGCACGUUUUGUAACCAUUGAUGAAGAAGAGACUUCACAAACAAUGCUUCGAUGUGGAGAAGACUACAGCAACAACGUGAUGACAUUUGAGGAUCAAGAUGAUGUAUGUUUCGAUGUUCGAUUGCCAUGUGCUGGAUCGUAUUCCUUGACAUUGGUAGGAAAACUGCCAGAUGCACAACAGUGUGUGCAAGGAAUGUCCUCUGACUUACUAUGCUAUACCAUAAAAGGCACUGGUAAUGAAACUCAUCAUAGUUUCCCGGGAGAACGAUUCGGAUGGUGUUGGGGUGUGAAUAGAAGAUUUCUGGAUAAAGGAUUCAGUAUGAUUAAUGCACCAUUAAUUCCAAUCUUGAAGGCGGACAGCAGUACAGUUAUCUUAAAUGUAAAACUGCCAAAUCGCGAAUCAUCGUUAAUGUGUGCUCUUGAGUACACAUCGGGAACAGUAGAUGAGAAACUGUUACGUUGCGUUAGUGGUGAGAAAAAUCAAGACAGAGCUAUGCUACAUAUAUUGAUUCCUUAUAAGGGAGAAUACCAUUUAAAAAUCAUGGCCCAAAUUGGCGAUGAUGGAGUUUCAUACAUUGACGCCGCCCACUAUCUUAUUCAAAGCCAACAGGCAGAGGAUGUAGAUGAAUUCCCAGAAAACAAGAGAUUGUGGGGUCCCAGUCGUGGUUUUUAUGAAAUUGGAUUGGAAACUGAUGGUCCAUCAAGAAUUGUUUCCCAAAAUGGCACAUGUAAUUUAAGAAUAUCAAAACCAAGUGAUAUAGACCUUUUGCAUUCAAUUGAACACAAUGGAUCCAAAUGUUUGCCAUCUGUUUUUGCCGAUGGAAUUCACACUGGAUUGGAAAUGACGUACAGAUUCAGACUGCCUAGUGUAGGUUAUUAUUGGUUCAAGCUGUUUGGGAAACGUCAUGAACCAAAUAAACCGAAGCAAAUAGGAGAAUGGUUGAUAGAGAACACAUCAGCUUGGAAGGACGAUUUGUUUCCCGAUAACAAUUGCACGUAUGGACCAAAUGAUGAUUUUCAUAAAAUAGGACUCCGGUCAGACCUCAUCUCAUAUCACUGCAGAGAAUGGUACGUGCCAAUUGGUUUUGCUGAAGAACGUCGAUACGGAUUUGUCGCAUACAAUCGAAAUAGGUGGAAAUAA